AUGAUUUCGGAUGUUGAUGACGUAAAGAUGAUUUUAUGUAAUGAAAACGAUCAGAAAAAAGGGAUUUUAUACGAUAAUUUAAAACCCUGGCUCGGCACGGGAUUAUUAACAAGUUCUGGAAAAAAAUGGAAAAUUAUGAGAAAAAUAAUAACUUCCGCUUUUCAUUUUUCAAUAUUACGACAAUAUUUGGAAAUUUUUUCUAAAAAUUCAACGGUUAUGAUGUAUAAUUUAUCGCGAUGUGAUAUUAAAAAAUUUUUCCACCUUAAUAAUUUUAUAACUUAUUGCGCUUUGGAUAGCAUUUACGAAACUUCAAUGGGAACCUGUAUUAAUUCUCAAAUAAAUAAAACGGAAAGUGAUUAUGUGAAAGCGAUAUUUAGAAUCGGACAAAUAAUUGUCAAAAGAAUAUUUUCUCCCCACCUUUACGCGGAUUAUUUAUUUAAUUUAAGUUCUUUGGGAAGAGAAAAUUCUAAAUUACUUAAAAUUCUUCACGAAACUACGACAAAUAUAAUACAAGAAAGGAAAAAGAAAAUGGCGUUGGAAAAUCAACGAGAAUCAUUCGAAAUAAAUGGCGGUGGCGAAAGAAAAAUGAAUUUUUUAAAUUUACUAUUAGAAAAGCAAAAAAUUUAUAAAUUUUCCGAUGUCGAUAUACGAUACGAAGUCGAUACUAUAUUAAUGGCUGGUCACGACACAACGUCUACUGCUUUAAAUUGGUGUUUUUUCGAAUUGGGAUUAAAUAAAAAAAUUCAAAAUAAAGUUCAUGAAGAAUUGAAAAAUAUUUUCGGGGAUUCGAAUCGGGAACCGACGUAUGAGGAUAUAAUAAAAAUGGAGUAUUUAAAAAGAGUAAUUUUAGAAACUUUAAGAUUAUAUCCAAGCGUACCUGUAAUAUCUAGAAAAUUCGAUGUCGACAUACGUUUAAAGAAUUACACGAUUCCAGCGAAUACGGAAAUUGUUUUGAUGAUAUUUAUAAUUCAUCGUAAUUCAAAUAUAUUUCCAAAACCUGAUAAAUUCGAUCCGGAUAGAUUUAAAUUAGAUGUUUUAAAAAAAAGAAAUCCAUUUGCAUUCAUACCGUUCAGUGCCGGGUCAAGGAAUUGUUUAGGUCAAAAAUAUGCCAUGCUUCAAAUGCUCGUAUUAUCUUCAUAUAUUUUAAGAAAAUAUAAAAUAAAAACUAUCAAUUCGAGAAAAACUGUUAAACCUGUACCUGAUGUUAUUCUACGUCCAAACGUUGAACUUAAAUGGAAAUUAAUUCCUAAAACUUGA